GAUGUGUACGUUUUAAAGGGAUUAUUUUGAUAUAAAACAUAAUUAAAACUAAAAUUUUUUGUACAUUUAACGGAUUGGGCUUGCGUUGAUUAUUAAAACAAAGUUAAUUUUUAUAAUGGAGUUAUUAUAUAAAUUGAUUUAUUUUAUUGCGCUUGGUUUUGUUUUAGCAGUAUUCUUGUUUUUCCUGGUGUUAUAUACUUUGAGAAAAUGGAUUUUAAGGAAAAAGACGAAAAUGCGUAAAGGUAAUCCCCACUAUGUGAACGUGGGGAUAUUUCAUCCAUACUGUAAUGCUGGUGGCGGUGGCGAAAGAGUUCUGUGGUGUGCAGUGAGAGCUCUUCAGGAGAAAUAUGACAAUGUUAAAAUAAUAAUAUAUACCGGAGACGGAGACGCGUCCCCAAAUACAAUUCUUAAUAAAGCUAAAAACGUUUUUAAUGUAUCUGUAGAUGAAGAUGAUACUUCGUUUAUUUAUCUUAAAAAGCGACAUUGGGUUGAGCCGCAAAUGUAUCCAUAUUUUACUAUCUUAGGACAAAGUAUUGGUUCUAUGAUUUUAGGUCUCGAAGCUUUAUGUAAAUUUCCGCCAGAUGUUUAUUUAGAUACAAUGGGUUAUGCUUUUACGUUACCUUUAUUUAGAUUCUUGGCUCAAUGCAAAACUGGUUGCUAUAUACAUUACCCUACAAUAAGUACGGAUAUGUUAAGGAGGGUACAAUGUAGGGUCUACGCUCAUAACAAUCAAAAUUACGUCGUCAAAAAUCCAUUUUUAACAUGGUUGAAAUUAAUGUAUUACAAAACUUUUGCUAAGUUGUACGCAUAUGUCGGAUGUUGUGCGCAAACAAUUAUGGUGAAUUCAACAUGGACAGAAAAUCAUAUUAUAAACCUGUUUGAAGCUACAUUUAAGACUCACAGGGUGUAUCCACCUUGUGAAGUUAAUCAUCUUAAGAAAUUACAAUAUACUGGUAAUGAUAACGAAAAAAUUGUUAUAAUGUCACUUGGUCAAUUUCGACCAGAAAAAGAUCAUCCGUUACAAUUACAAGCUAUGUACGAAUUGCGUACACUUUUAGUGAAAGAUGAGGAAUUGUGGAGUAAAUUAAAACUGGUUAUAGUUGGGUCAUGUCGAAAUCAAGAGGAUUAUGUGCGUUUAAAAAAUAUGCAAGAUUUAAGUAAACAUUUGUCACUAGAAAACUCCGUCGAAUUUAAAGUAAAUAUUUCUUAUCAAGAAUUAAUACAAAACUUCCAAACUGCAAAAAUAGGUUUGCAUACUAUGUGGAAUGAACAUUUUGGAAUUAAUGUUGUCGAAUUAAUGGCUGCUGGAUUAAUAACUGUAGCAAAUCGGUCCGGUGGUCCUCUCAUGGAUAUAAUCGAAACAUCAGAAGGUUGUCAAACAGGAUUUUUGGCUGUAGAUGCUUUUGAAUACGCAAAUUGCAUACUGACAAUAUUAUACAAUACUAAAGAGCAAAAUGACUCUAUAAGAAAUGCUGCACGAUCAUCAGUUGACCGAUUUUCGGAAAAAGAAUUUGAAAUUAAUUUUUUGAGAGCAGUAGGUCCUUUAUUUAAAUUAGAUUGCUAGUUGAAAAAACUUGAUUUUGCCUGUUGUAUUGUACAUUUGUUUGCAAAAGCAAUUUUGAAAUGUACUAAUCUAGAAAUAUAAGAACAAAAAUAAAAUUAGGGGGUUCGAACUACCAAAUAUUAAAAAUUAAUGUAAUUAUUAGGCUUAUUAAUGUUAGAUAGUGUUUGUAAUAUUUAGUUACAAUAUGAAAUACACAUUUUUAUGUUAAUGUUGAUACAAAGAC